AUGUGUAGCAUACAGGCUGAAUGGCCUCAAGAAGGUGCAGGUGCACACUUAGUCGCCCCUAGCCACACCUUCUCGCCACCGCUGGUCAAAUUACCGGGAACUGGAGUGAUCAAUCUAGCCUCGUGCCAGCGAAGCAAUUCUCAAAUAUUCGAAGUGCAUCAAACAGACAAACCCAAGCUUUGA